GGUUGCCAUAAGCGGACGGUGUAAGGCGGAAGCUCUCGACAGCAAACGAAAAAAUGUUGGACUUUUACUAUAUGCUUUACUCGGCACCCUGUCGGUCCAUUCUGAUGACCGCCAAGGCUUUGGGGAUUGAGUUGAAUAAAAAGCAGGUGGAUCUCGAUGCUGGGGAUCACUUGAAACCCGAGUUCGUCAAGAUUAAUCCACAGCACACGAUUCCCACGCUGGUUGAUGGAGAAUUUGCGCUGUGGGAGUCGCGUGCCAUCUUGUUGUAUCUGGUCGAGAAGUUCGACAAGGAUAACUUGUUGUAUCCUAAGGAUCUACAGCAGAGGGCGGUUGUCAAUCAUCGUCUGUUCUUCGACCUGGGCACUCUGUACCAGAGCUACGUCUACUAUUACUAUCCUCAGAUGUUUGAGGAUGUCAAGAAGCCAGCUGAUCCAGAGAACUUGAAGCGUAUUGAUGCUGCAUUCCGUUCAUUCAACACCUUGUUGGAGGGUCACAAGUACGCGGCUGGUGACAAGUUGACUGUGGCCGACAUUGCUUUGUUGGCUACCGUGUCGACCUUCGAGAUCUCCGACUAUGAUUUCUCCGCCCACGCCAAUGUGACCAGCUGGUAUGAGAAUGCCAAGAAGGAGAUUCCCGGCUGGGAGGAGAACUGGGAGGGUUGUCUUUACUACAAGAAGUUGUAUUUGUCUCAACUUGAAAAGAAAUCUACAGCUGCUGCCAUGGACUUCUAUUAUCGACCCGGAUCUUCGCCCUGCCGAGCGGUCAUCAUGACAGCCAAGGCGAUUGGCGUUGAGUUUGAUAAGUCAAUUGUGAUCAACACACGUGCUGGGGAACAGUUCAAGCCUGAGUACCUAAAGAUUAAUCCACAGCACACGAUUCCCACUCUUGUGGACAAUAAAGAGGGUCUUUCACUAUGGGAGUCGCGUGCUAUAUUGGUCUAUCUAGUGGAGAAGUACGCCAAGAAUGAUGCUCUAUAUCCGAAGGAUGUCAACAAGCAGGCUUUGAUUAACCAGCGACUCUACUUUGACAUGGGCACGCUCUACAAGAGCUUUGCAGAUUACUAUUAUCCACAGAUCUUCCAGAAGCAGCCAGCCAACGAGGAGAACUUCAAGAAGAUCGAAGCUGCCUUCGACUUGUUCAACACUUUCCUGCAGGAUCAGAGCUUUGCUGCAGGCGAGAGUCUUAGUGUGGCAGAUAUCUCGCUCUUGGCCACCGUGUCCUCUUUCGACGUAGCCGGCUUCGACUUGAAGCGCUAUUCCAAUGUGUCCAAAUGGUACGAACAGUGCAAGCUGAUCACUCCUGGAUGGGAUGUCAACUGGGCGGGGUGCUUGGAGUUCUGCAAAUACUUUGAUAACUAAGCAACAAUCUUAGCCAUAAGCAAAUAAUCAAAAUUAGUGAAAAAUAAAGAUUAUUUUAAAAGUUCUAAAAUUAAAUA